AUGUCUGAAGUUUGGGAAGCUUUGCGUAAGCGGGCACGUGCAGCUGAGAAUAGUAUCGAUGUUAAGCUGGUUUCGCUCAACAAGCUGAAUUCAAAUCCAGGGAGGUUGGAUAGCGAUGAGAAAACAAUUUCCACUCGUCAAGCACUCUUCGACACUCUCACAGAAGAAAUUGAGGGACUUUUAACGAAGCUAACACAUGUCAAUGAUGAGAUGAAUGAGGUCGUUGGAUCUCAAAGUUCGGCUGGGUGGGCAACGAAUCCUGCAGUACAACAUACGCUCAGAAGGCAUCGGGAAAUUCUACGCGACUACAGCAUAGAGUUCCGUAGAGCUCGAGAUAACGUCCAUCAACAACUUCAGAGGGAAUCACUACUUUCGGGAGGAAUAAAUGAGUCCACUAAAGAAGGUUCAUGUCUCAACAAUCGUGUAAAAGGGUCAGAAUUAUAUUUAAAGGAGAAUGAGCAUAUCAAAAGUUGUGAUAAACUUCUCGAUGAGCAGAUGAAGUACGUGUUUAAAUAUUUUCAUCAUUAUCCACUGAUCAACAGCGCCAUGCAGAAGAUUCAGUACAAGAAGCGAAAGGAUGCUGUAAUAUUGGCGUGUGUGAUCUCUUUCUGUACAAUAAUUUUUCUGUACUAUAUUAUGAGCUGA